CGCCCGGGAGUGCGGGCAGGGAGAGCUCCGCGUCCCUGCGCGCGUAAUCAUGACCUCGGGGCCCCCUCCGGGCCGCGUGAGCGCGUCGGCAAGGCUGGGCGGCCGCCGCGGCCCCGGCCGUGUAACAUGACCCGAGCGGCUGGCCGGCCAGCGCGGCGCGGCCAUUGAGCCCUCCCUGCCCAUGAAUCUCUGGCGCGUCUCUCGCUCGCUCGCCCGCUCGCCUCCCGCCUCCCUUUCUCCCCCUCCAGCUCCGCGGGCUCCGUGCGUCUCUCCCUCUCCCUCCCGGUCCUCCCGCUGCCCGUCUCUCUCCACUGCCCGCCUCUCGCCACUGCCUCCCGUCUUCUCUCCCUCUCCGCAGCCUCCGUCUCUUUCUCCCUCUCUCCUUUGAAAACUGAUCUUUGGCUCUUAGUGUGAAAGUGAUUUGAAUUUGGCUCGGCGGCGCUCUGCGCCUGCGCCCAGCCUCUGGCAUGCUGGCUCCUUCCAAGCAGCUGUUUUGGGUUUGAAAUUCCAACAUGGCAGAGGCUGCAGUCCGUCUUCCCUUCAAAAACUUGGAAUGAUUUCAAAUCAUAGGCACCUUCACUUAACCCUAGCUUCCAUUCAUCAGCAAACACGUCGAAUCGAUGCUACGCUAACCUAUCGGGUUUUCGCUCCGCGCGUUCAGGUUAAAUGAAUACCUGACGAAAGGGCCCACGUUUCAAGGCAGUGACAUUUGAUAGCUGAGAGGAAAAGUGGCUUUAAUGAAAAGCAACCUUUGGAAUUCCUGCUUGUGAGAAAUCCAAUUCAGCUUUUUGUGCUGCCAGCAAGAAAUGAUCAGUAGCACCAGUGUUUAUGGCUUGAAGAUGCAGUGGACGCCGGAGCAUGCCCAGUGGCCAGAACAGCACUUUGACAUCACCUCAACCACUCGGUCUCCUGCCCACAAAGUGGAAGCCUACAGAGGUCAUCUGCAGCGCACCUAUCAGUACGCCUGGGCGAAUGACGACAUUUCUGCUCUGACUGCAUCCAACCUACUCAAAAAAUACGCAGAGAAGUAUUCUGGCAUUUUAGAGGGCCCCGUGGACCGCCCCGUCCUCAGCAACUACUCGGAUGCCCCAUCCGGCCUCGUGAACGGUCGGAAAAAUGAAAGCGAACCCUGGCAGCCUUCCUUGAAUUCCGAAGCUGUUUAUCCCAUGAACUGUGUUCCGGAUGUUAUCGCGGCCAGCAAAGCCGGAGUCAGUUCAGCCCUCCCUCCAGCAGACGUCUCUGCGAGCAUAGGGAGCUCCCCCGGGGUGGCCAGCAACCUGACCGAGCCGAGCUAUUCGAGCAGUACCUGUGGGAGCCACACCGUCCCCAGUCUCCACGCAGGGCUCCCCUCUCAGGAAUAUGCCCCGGGAUACAACGGAUCGUAUUUGCAUUCUACUUACAGUAGCCAGCCGGCACCUGCACUUCCCUCCCCCCACCCUUCUCCUUUGCAUAGCUCCGGGCUCCUCCAGCCGCCGCCACCGCCGCCUCCGCCACCAGCCCUGGUCCCGGGCUACAAUGGGACUUCUAACCUCCCCAGUUACAGCUAUCCCUCUGCUAGCUAUCCUCCUCAGACUGCUGUGGGAUCCGGGUACAGCCCCGGCGGCGCGCCUCCUCCUCCUUCAGCGUACCUGCCUUCAGGAAUCCCCGCUCCUACCCCGCUGCCCCCCACUACUGUUCCUGGCUACACCUACCAGGGCCAUGGUCUGACUCCCAUUGCACCCUCGGCUCUGACAAACAGUUCGGCAAGUUCCCUCAAAAGGAAAGCUUUCUAUAUGGCAGGGCAAGGAGACAUGGACUCCAGUUACGGAAACUACAGCUAUGGCCAACAGAGAUCUACGCAGAGUCCUAUGUACAGAAUGCCCGACAACAGCAUUUCAAACUCAAAUCGGGGGAAUGGCUUUGACAGAAGUGCUGAAACAUCGUCCUUGGCAUUUAAGCCAACGAAGCAGCUAAUGUCCUCUGAACAGCAAAGGAAAUUCAGCAGCCAGUCCAGUAGGGCUCUGACCCCUCCUUCCUAUAGUACUGCUAAAAAUUCAUUGGGAUCAAGAUCCAGUGAAUCCUUUGGGAAGUACACGUCGCCGGUAAUGAGUGAGCAUGGGGACGAGCACAGGCAGCUCCUCUCUCACCCAAUGCAAGGCCCUGGACUCCGGGCAGCUACCUCAUCCAACCACUCUGUAGACGAGCAACUGAAGAAUACGGACAGCCACCUCAUUGACCUGGUAACCAAUGAGAUUAUCACCCAAGGACCCCCGGUGGACUGGAAUGACAUUGCUGGUCUCGACCUGGUAAAGGCUGUCAUUAAAGAGGAAGUUUUAUGGCCGGUGUUGAGGUCAGACGCGUUCAGUGGACUGACGGCCUCACCUCGGAGCAUCCUUUUAUUUGGACCUCGGGGCACAGGCAAAACAUUAUUGGGCCGAUGCAUAGCUAGUCAGCUGGGGGCCACCUUUUUCAAAAUCGCCGGUUCUGGACUCGUUGCCAAGUGGUUAGGAGAAGCAGAAAAAAUUAUCCACGCCUCUUUUCUCGUGGCCAGGUGUCGCCAGCCCUCGGUGAUUUUUGUCAGUGACAUUGACAUGCUUCUCUCCUCUCAAGUGAGCGAGGAACACAGUCCAGUCAAUCGGAUGAGAACGGAAUUUCUGAUGCAGCUGGACACUGUACUAACUUCAGCUGAGGACCAAAUCGUAGUAAUUUGUGCCACCAGUAAACCAGAAGAAAUAGAUGAAUCUCUUCGGAGGUACUUCAUGAAACGACUUUUAAUCCCACUUCCUGACAGCACAGCGAGGCACCAGAUAAUAGUACAACUGCUCUCACAGCACAAUUACUGUCUCAAUGACAAGGAGUUUGCACUGCUCGUCCAGCGCACAGAAGGCUUUUCUGGACUAGACGUGGCUCAUUUGUGUCAGGAAGCAGCGGUGGGCCCCCUCCAUACCAUGCCAGCCACAGACCUUUCAGCCAUCAUACCCAGCCAGUUGAGGCCCGUUACAUAUCAAGACUUUGAAAAUGCUUUCUGCAAGAUUCAGCCUAGCAUAUCUCAAAAAGAGCUUGAUAUGUAUGUUGAAUGGAACAAAAUGUUUGGUUGCAGUCAGUGAUAACUUCUUUAAAAAAAAAAAAAUGUAAUGAAUGUUGGCACACACGCAUAAAACCUGCUACAUAGGGUCUAGAGCCCCUUUCCAGUAGUGUUUAAAUCGCAAAGGGUACUGGGGAAGAUGACGAUUGAGUUGCAUCUUUAGAGUCAGGGUAGAUUUGGAGGAAAAAAAAAAAAAAAAACGCAUCGAAUGAGAGCUUCUGAUUUGAGAGCCCCAGAGGACAGAAAGCAUCUGUUGACGCUCAGUUCAGUUCAAGCUAGACAACACUCACCAAGGAGCAAGGUGCAAGUGUGUUGAUUUCAGAAGGACAUGAACCUCGUGUGUUGAUUCCAUUCUGCUGUUCUCGAGAUUUAGUUGCUGUCAAGUGCCUGGAGUGGUGCUUUAUUUUUUGUUUGCCUCACAAUUACAUUGGUGGCAUGUGCUAAUAUAAAGAGCUUUAACUUCAAACAUUAUUGGACUAAAGAGAUGAACGGUUGUGUGACGACAGAAAACCAGAUUUUUGCCAUUUUAAGAGCAACAGUAUUCCUCAAUCCUGUCUGUUCUGCAGUAUUAAGCUAAGAACAGGUAAAACAGGGUAACGGUAAUCUGGACCUUAAUUUCUGCGGUUCAUUUCUUUUAAUGUUCUUGUCUGCAAAAACUCAGGAAAGCGAUUGUGAUUUGUACAGUACCUCAAAGGAAUGUGUUGAAAGCACUAUGUACUGCUGAGAGUAAUGGGAUAGGCUUCAAUGUUACUUUAUAUUAAAAAUGUAUGUUUACCUCAACAAUUGGAAAAUAGCAAGGAAAAUUACUUUGAAUGUAUCCGGAAAAAUACUGACGUGUGAUACAACUGAAUAUUUACAUUUAAAGUAGAAAUGGAAGGAUUUUUUUUAAAAAAAAGAUUCUUUUACUAAUUAUGGGGAAUUAACCAGAGCAGAAUAAUUCUUUAUGUCAAAAACUGCAAGAGUUCUUCGUACAUUGCUCCUUGAUAAUGAAGUGAAAAUGUUCUUAAAAGGUACACUGGUUAAUGGAAAGCUACUUAUUCAGUUCAUGUUAGUGUCUAGAACACUCGGCCACAAGACCUGCUUAGGACCCUGAAAGUCACAGUACCUAAAAACUAGGACUGCCUUUUACUGCAUUGGUGGUGGUGGUAGUUUGCGAGUUCUCUCUUCAAACUGCUGGGAAUGGUGUCCUUCUAUUCACUAAUCUAGCUUAUAGGCUUGCCGUGCUGUUUGAUAGAAUGCAGAAGAUAGCAAGCAAAAACAAGCAAAUACAAAACCCAACCAACCAACUUCUCUAUAUCCACAAAGAACAUCUACAUCCCCUCUCCUUUUUGACUCCUCUCUUCUCAGUGCAAUUUUGCUUCUCAUUUUGAAAUCUUCUGGGCUAUAGUGCUCCCACAUUCAUUUCUACCUCAGUUUUGUUAUAUUUCUCUUGGAGAGUAAAACAGAAAAUUGGAAGUGGACACACACGCUCGCGCACCUGCGCACACACACAACUCUACCUUGUCAAGCACGUUACUUUGUUUUCUCUCUUUUCCCAUAAAUCUAGUUUCCAAAAACAUCAGUCUUAUGCUUGCUUCUGCCUGAGUCCACCCCCACCCCCAGAAUAUGUGGUAUUUUUCUUAAUUUUCCAUUCUUCUCCUGCUCCCCCUCCCCAAGUUGUUCUUUGUAUCCUUUAAUGCUUUAUGUGCAACUUUUCAUUGAUAGCUAACUGACGUUCGGCAAUGCCUCUGAACAGACAGUGUAGGCUGUAGCUUUCCAGAGCCACUGCCCGUGCAUAAGCAGAACAGCCUGGCUUUUUGAAUGUAUUUUUCCUGGUUUUUUUUUUUUCCUUCCUUUUUUUUUAGUUGAGAGAUGCAGUAACAAAACUGUUGCAAAGCACUGGCAUUUUAUGUAUUCAAAAAGUGGUGUACAUUUUUUAAAAACUUAAAUAAAUGCAAUGAGAAGCCCCAAGAAAGCUCUUUCUGUUAUUGUUUUUUUUUUUUCCUUCAAAAAUUUUGACUGAUUUCAUUCACAAUGUCAAAUUCUCUGAACACUUAACAUAGAGAAAGCUAAUGAAGGACGUUAUCAUAUAUCUGAAAUUUUAUGAUGCUUAAUCAUCACUCCCCUUUUUUCGUAUUUUUCAUGUUGCAAAAAACUGAGCAAAUGAACCAAAAUUUAAUUUACUGUGAUAUUCUAUCAAUUAAAACUGUGCUUACAUAUAAAUAUUCCAUAUUAAAAAGCAGUGCCUUUCAUUAAGGAUACAAAAAAUGAUAUUUAAAUAUGUCCUCUGCUUUUCACGAGUGAACAAAUGCUAUAAUCGUGUUCUGGCUCUACCCUGCACAUCUCUUAUUGUAAGGAAAUUCUAAUAUCCUCAUUAACUUGUAGGUUCAUAUUGAUCUCACUGACAAGUUUACUUUUGCACAGUGCUGACCUAUUUUCUGUCUUUUAGACAUUACAUUUCAUUUCCGCCAACAUGCUGUGUUCACUUGAAAGCAACUGGCAAGUUUUGACAAACCCAGUCUUAUUUAGACAACUUUGGAAAAUCCAAUAUUGACCCACAUUUUUGUGUCUAGUAUGAGUUAAUGCCAAAUAUGACUGCACUAUUGUAUUUUACACUCAUUUAUAAAACUGAAAAUAAAUUAAAAGUCAUCUGUAUUGGCUUUUAGCUUUAAGUGACUUCAAAAUUACUUUGAGAUAGGAGUGGUCAAAAAUCCAUGUAUUUAGGCAGAAGCUGAAGUCUUGUGUGAAUUUCAUUUAGCCUCAUGAAUUCUUGGAUUUGAUCUCUUAGGAAAUUGGGCAUGCUGAAGAAAUGAAGAUCUGUUGGGGGAGAUAAGGCUGACCUUUGAGUAGAUAGUGCUCUCCUAUGAUUCUUUGAUUCUGCAUGGCAGCAUUAUGAGCUCUUCUAUGGACUAGCCUAAUAAUGAGCUCUUUUCUGACCAUCCCUUCUGGAGCUUGGGGUGGGGGUGGGGUGCCACAUCUUGAGAAGUGAAUGUGUACAAUCGGUGAUAGGACAACUGCGUGAGCAGGCUUCGUACUCUUGGCCUCUUUUUGACUGCUAAGAAUUUGGAGAAGGCUACUAAUGAAGGUAAGGUAAUGAGCCAGUCCAAAUCCCUUGCCGUCUGGCCGGGGGAUUUGAGCCAGUCCACUUAACAGCCCCUAAUUCUCUUCUUCACAACUGCAAUAACAUUUCCAACGGGAACAAAAAGGAAGUGAAGGAAACCACUUCAGUGGAAGGAUCAAUAGAAAUUCAAGAGGUAGUUCGUAAUGACCUUAUGUGUGACACAAAUGGAAAUACCCUACACUCCUGGCAUGCUUCUCACCAAAAUAUUUAGAACAUUAGUGACAAUAUGGAAAACUUUGCUGACCGAGCUGAUCAAUGGAAUGUGAAGGCAGUAUACUUUAAGGCUAUUUACUUUCACACAGAAUGUUUAUCUAUUAGUCAGUUUGUAUUCUACUCAAAUGCAGAUAGACGGGUAUAAUGUUUUCUUGUGCAUUUGAAACCUAUCAAGGAGAAAAUAAACCAUUCCACUAAAAUACAUAGGCCAAACACCAUCUGGGCAAGUGAUAAAAGCUAUCCAGAGGCUAUGCUAUGUAAAAUAGCAAGGUCAAUUUACAUGGGUUGCAUAGUACUUGGCUAUGCAGUUUUCAGAAGAAUACAUCCAAAAAAGUCCAAAUUAAUUCCUACCAUAGUUCUUUGUAAAUCUACAUAUAUUUGUGGGUUGGAAAAUAUAUUUCAGAUGCAUUUAGAAUGUGUUUCUCUAGAAAUGUGUCCAACUCCAAACAGAAAGAUAUUUCUAUAAUCCCAUUCUCAUGUUUCUUAACAAGAAUUGGCUAUCGUGAUUUUUGAAACUAUUUUGCAAAGUGAAAGGGACACAGUUUGUUGAACUAUCGAGGCCACUAAGAUAAAGUUCUAAUACAUACAUACAUACAUUUUAUAUAUA